AUGAAGCGAGCUGCGACGGUUGGCUUCGCUGUUCUGCUAAUCGUGAGCAUUUCCAUUCAAGAUGUCGCAGCAGUCAGUGUAUACAGAAGGUCCAUAAAAGACAUAAACGACUUAAACAGAGACCUACAAGCCACAGGAUGGAGGAUAUUAAAAAAUGAAAAAGCUUCGCCGCCGCGUGGCGUCGACAUCCACAAACGUGACGAAAGCAAAUUAAAAACAAUUCCGAGUACCGCAUCAACACUUCUGAUACCUGACCAACAGGAUUUAGAACACCCGACAAAAGCACAACAGAGAAAGGAAACAGAAGUCGUGGACAGUGCAAAUAAUAAUUUGUUUGAUGGCGUCUCGCUGUUUGUUGGCGACGGCUGUCCUGCUGGCUACGACAGAGCCUUCGACGGUACCUGCCAGCCGAUCAUUGAAUGACACAUCAAUGAUGUACGUACACAUUCAGCAAAUUGACAAAGAAAAACAUUAAAUACAAAAGUGAAACAGGCUAUUUUAAUUAUGUAAUGUGUUUCAAAACUUAGUUUA